UGUUUUAGCCAAUCACAGGCCGGUGUGAGUGCGCACUCCGUUGGACGACGACCAUGGCACGGAGUAGAGUCCUCUUCGGUGUAACAAACUUUUAACGUGUCGUUACGGGGCAAAAGGAGUGAGGUGGGGACGCUGCUGCCCUGAGCAGGAAUGGGGGAGAUUGAGGGUUCAUACCGGGUUGUGCAGACCCCUGGCACAAGGCUUGGAGCCCAGUUCAACGCUGGUAUCAGCACUUUGGAGCCGGGCCAGAGCCUCAGUGGCAAUAUGGUCAGAAGCCAUGGGCGAGGACUCCAAAUCCGUGUACAGGGGCUGGACGACUCCCAGGAGUUCUUUGAUGUAGACUCCAAAGCUCUUGGACAGGACCUCCUCUCUGAGGUUUUCCUGCGAGGCAACCUCAUGGAGAGUGAUUACUUUGGCCUUGAGUUUCAGAACAUGCAGAUGAACUGGGUUUGGCUGGAACCCACAAAAUGGAUUGUGAAACAAGUCAGAAGACCAGCUAACACGCUGUUCAGGCUGUCGGUGAAAUUCUUUCCUCCAGACCCCGGUCAGCUGCAGGAGGAGUUCACGAGGUACUUGUUCUCACUGCAGAUGAAAAGAGAUUUGAUGGAGGGCAGGUUGAUCUGCACAGAAAAUACAGGAGCCCUGCUGGCCUCUCAUCUUGUCCAGUCGGAGAUUGGUGAUUAUGAUGAUGCUGCGGACAGGGACUUCCUGAGGAUGAACAAACUGUUGCCUUACCAAGAAAAGGUGCAAGAGAGGAUCAUGGAGCUCCAUCGCAGGCACUUGGGCCAGACUCCAGCUGAAUCAGAUUUCCAAAUCCUGGAGAUCGUUCGAAAACUGGACAUGUACGGCGUCCGCUACCAUCCAGCAUCUGACAGGGAAGGCACCAAAAUUAAUCUGGCUGUAUCUCACAUGGGCCUUCAGGUUUUUCAGGGCAACACAAAAAUAAAUACCUUCAAUUGGUCCAAGAUUCGCAAACUGAGCUUCAAGAGAAAACGGUUCCUGAUCAAACUCCACCCAGAGGUUCAUGGCCCCCACCAGGAUACUCUUGAGUUUAUGAUGGGCAGUCGAGACCAGUGUAAAAUCUUUUGGAAGAUCUGUGUGGAAUACCACUCAUUUUUCCGUUUGUUUGACCAACCCCAACCAAAAACUAAAGCUAUCCUCUUCACCAGAGGCUCCUCAUUCAGAUACAGUGGAAGGACCCAGAAACAGCUUGUGGAGUAUGUCAGGGAAAAUGGAGCAAAGAGAACGCCAUACCAGAGGAGGAACAGUAAAAUAGGAAUGUCGCUUCGCUCCCUCGCCUCAGAUGUGCCAAAACAGAGCUUGUCAUUCAAUGACAGUCUCAGGACCCCAGGAUCCCUUUCCUCUGCUUCUGUUUCCUUCUACCCGCACAUCUCAAGCUUCCCCCAACGAACAGAACUACAACAUCAGCCCCAGCCUUUGCCGUCACUGAACCAGUCUCCUGCACCUCCCCUGCAGACUCAGAACCUGAACCUGCAGCACCAGCCUCAGCACCACCAGCAGCUUCAGUCCCCUCUGCAAACCACCAGACCCCCCAGUCCUCCGAAGGAAGAAACUGUCAAGACUGCAUCCCCAUCUCACUUCGCUUUUCAAGACACCGUCGACAGCCCUCAGCUCUCACCCUUAACCACCAAAGGACCCCUCUGCUUGUCGCCCUCCUUCCAGAUGUCGACCCUCAGCCUGCCGGGUCACGCCUCGUCGCCCCUGCAAAGCCCCAUCCUGAGUGAGGUGGGCAGCAAUGCCAGGCUAGAGGAGGAGGAUGAGGGCAGGAGGAAGAUAUCCACCGAUAAGGCCUACUUCAUUGCCAAAGAGAUUCUGACCACAGAGCGAACAUACCUGAAAGAUCUGGAGGUCAUCACAGUGUGGUUUCGCAGCGCUGUGAUCAAAGAAAACGCCAUGCCUGAAGGGCUGAUGAACCUCCUUUUUUCCAACAUCGACCCCAUCUAUGAGUUCCAUCGAGGCUUCCUGAAGGAGUUAGACCAGAGGCUGGCUCUCUGGGAGGGGCGCUCAAACGCUCACGUCAAAGGGGACUACCAGAGGAUCGGAGAUGUGAUGCUGAGGAACAUGUGUGCUCUUAAGGAAUUCACCAGCUACCUGCAGAAGCACGACGAGGUGUUAACAGAGCUGGAGAAAGCCACCAAGAGGCUGAAGAAGCUGGAGACGGUCUACAAAGAGUUUGAGCUGCAGAAAGUCUGCUACCUGCCACUCAACACAUUCCUGCUCAAGCCCAUCCAGCGCCUCAUGCACUACAAGCUCAUCCUGGAGAGGCUAUGCAAGCAUUACUCUCCCUCGCACCGGGAUCACGAUGACUGCAAGGAGGCUCUGAAGGAAGUGGCUGAGAUCGCCACUCAGCUCCAGAGCAGUCUCAUCCGGCUGGAGAACUUUCAGAAGCUAACAGAGCUGCAGAGAGACCUGAUCGGUAUCGAAAACCUGACAGCACCAGGCAGGGAGUUCAUAAGAGAGGGAUGUCUGUACAAGCUUACCAAGAAAGGACUGCAGCAGAGAAUGUUUUUCCUUUUCUCAGACAUGCUCCUCUACACAAGCAAAGGUGUUACAGCCACCAAUCAGUUCAAAGUACACGGCCAGCUGCCACUUCAUGGCAUGAUCGUGGAGGAAAGUGAAAACGAGUGGUCAGUCCCUCACUGCUUCACCAUCUACUCUGCUCAGAGGACCAUUGUUGUGGCUGCCAGCUCCAAAGUGGAGAUGGGGAAGUGGAUUGAGGAUCUGAACCUUGCAAUUGAAAUGUCCAAGAAGUCUCAAGAGAAAUCUAGCAUCUUCCCCGACCCUGGACUUGGAGAUCACUCCAACAGAUCGUCUGACGAGGUUUCCCUGGAACAGGAGUCGGAGGAUGACAUGAACUCGUCCCGCACGUCACUGGACAAGCAGACACACCACCGUGCCAACACCACCAUGCAUGUGUGCUGGCACCGUAACACCAGCGUGUCUAUGUCUGAUCACAGCCUGGCUGUGGAGAACCAGCUGUCAGGUUACCUCCUGAGGAAGUUCAAGAACAGUAACGGCUGGCAGAAACUCUGGGUGGUUUUCACCAACUUCUGCUUGUUCUUCUACAAAACACAUCAGGACGACUUCCCGCUGGCGAGCCUCCCUCUGCUCGGCUACACGGUCAGCACUCCUGAAGAGUCUGACAGCAUCCACAAGGAGUACGUCUUCAAGCUGCAGUUCAAAUCCCACGUUUACUUCUUCAGGGCUGAGAGCGAGUACACCUUUGAAAGAUGGAUGGAGGUGAUCAAGAGUGCAGCCAGCACUACGGGCCGCAUGAGCCUGCUCAUACCUAAAGGAGGUCCCAUGGAGAUAAACGGAAACUGAAUCAAAUAUCAUUGAUACCGGAGGCUGGGCCUCUAGGAUGGCAGAAAGACUUUCAAGUCUCAUUGUAAUUUUCAAAGUGAUGAUUUGUACCAUGACUGAUGAGAGACUGAAGUUUAAGUGUUAACAUUGAUUGCGUUAAGGAUUUAAUUCUUAUGGUCUGUGCUUGUUCCUCAUUAAUGCUGUAAAUGAUAACGUUGUUCCUGUGUGCAGGAUAUUAUGAAAGGAGACGUGUAUAUUUGGAUCCGAUGUUUGCAUGCAUAUUGCUCAACAUAUAGCCUGAUGAAAAAUAAUGAUAAAUGGGACCAACUCCAACACAAAGGCUUGAUUUCAGGCUUUUGAAGAACUUCUAUCUACAAAGCCUGAUGACUGAAGCUGCAGGUCUAGCCCUGUGCUAUGACUGGCAUAUAGAGGAUUUAGAGCAUGUGGAAAAUGAAGGUACAGGAUAGUUGGUACUUUUGAGACAGUCGGAGAUGAAUGCAGGAUGGAGUUGAGCAGAAGGAUCAUGGAAAGUUGAACCGUGUUUACAGGUAAAAUUUUGGAGGCAUAUGGCUAGUUCUGAGCAAAUCAUCAUAUGAAAGCGUUUAUAUUGUUAACAAAUGGAUGUUUAAAUUGUUCAAAAGGGAGCCGUUCUGCUUAAAUCUCCCCGUUAGUCAGGCAUUAUUACGGCCAGUUUGGUGCUACAUUUCUCUCUUCUCUUAAUAUCAGAUGUAACCAAUGUAUCCUCUUUUUAUUUUUUGCGUAGGGAUGACAGCUUGAGAGGACAUGUGUAGUGUUUACUCUGUGUAAAAAGUUGCAGAUUUUCCUCCUAAAAAAAACAAAUCAGAAGAACAUAUUUUGAUGUUCUGGUACUUGCUGUGCGUCAGAAAGUUCUAGACAAAUGAGAUUGUUUGAGACACCAGUGAUGCUAAUUUAGUGUGACAUGCAACCAUGGCAUUAUUUGGUACCGGUAUAUUUUUUUGUAUUAAGACUGGAAGUGUGUGUGUGUGUGUGUGUGUGUGUGUGUGUGUGUGUGGUCUCCUAACCAUCUGAUAUUCUGUGCGUGUGUAAGAGACUGACUGUUGUCUCUCCAGUUACUCCUAUUUAUUGUCCAGCAUGUAGUCCUCAUGUUAUUCCAAUGAAACCGUAACUAAAUAAAGUUCCCUUCAAAAGCAGA